UCUACCAUUUCCUUCCCACUUCAAACCUCCUUUUUCAAAAAAGGCUCAGCUGCCUAACCAACAUCCGUCACCACCACUACUAACCAAUACUGGUGGAACAGAAAUUCACACACACAACACCUACUGAAAGAAAAGGAGAGCCAGAUAUAUCAGAUAUGGCACGCUACAGAGCUGAAGAUGAGUAUGAUUACCUGUUCAAGCUAGUGCUAAUAGGUGAUUCGGGGGUUGGCAAAUCCAAUCUGCUUUCAAGAUUCACCAGGAAUGAGUUUAAUCUCGAGUCUAAGUCCACUAUUGGUGUGGAGUUUGCUACUAGAAGUCUUAACGUAGACUCCAAGGUUAUCAAAGCUCAGAUUUGGGACACUGCUGGCCAAGAAAGGUACCGUGCCAUUACCAGUGCUUACUACAGAGGAGCUGUUGGUGCUUUACUUGUGUAUGAUGUCACUAGACGUUCUACCUUUGAGAAUGUUGAGAGGUGGUUGAGGGAAUUGAGAGAUCAUACCGAUCCUAAUGUUGUAGUUAUGCUCAUUGGCAACAAAUCCGAUCUUCGGCAUCUUGUAGCAGUUUCAACUGAGGAUGGUAAAGCUUUAGCAGAGAGGGAGAGCCUCUUUUUCAUGGAGACAUCUGCACUGGAAGCAACCAAUGUGGAAAAUGCAUUUGCUGAAGUCCUGACACAAAUAUACCACAUUGUGAGUAGGAAGGCAGUCGAGGCCAGUGAUGAAGGUGCUACUUCAUCUGUUCCUCCUAAAGGCGAGACAAUCGAUAUCAAAGAUGAGGGAUCUUCUUGGAAGAGAUUUGGAUGCUGUUCAAGCUAGAGCUUGCAUGGAAAUCUUCAAGGACAAUGGCUCUUGCUGCACAAGUCUUGUACAUUACAUCGUUCAACCAGCAAUAUUGUUCAUUUGAUUGUCCUCUUUGUCUGGGAUCAUAUAAGAUGACAGUUACAUGGAAAUACUUAAGCAGUAUUUUCAUGAAAUUCUUACUUGGUAGGAUCAGGAAUGGGUAUAGUUACUUGGUUAGUCCUUUCCUUCUAGAAUAUGGAGAAGAGCCUGCUUCAAUAUUUUCUGAAAUAUUGCUUUGGAAACCUCAACUUUGGAUGGUUGUCUAGUGAAAAUUGCAUAUUGAUGGCUUUUUUUUUUUUUU